UAUUCGUCUGUUGCUGGAACGGUCGGUUAUGAUCUCAGUGCAAGUCCAAGUGUAACUAUGAUGACAGCAAAGUAAUUGGAAUUGCCUUUUAUAGUGUGUUUGAGAUUAAGUUGAGAACAUUUUGUGACAAAAUAAUAACUGCCAGCAUGGUCUAUGAGACAUCCUACGAAUGUGGGCGACAUCCCUUCAAACCGGACCUACUUCGAGGGAAAUGGGAGCAGCCGCAUGAUUUUGUGUUCGCCUGCCUUGGACUCGGCCUAAAACUGGAUGUGUUUUCAGCAUCGUAUUGGUAUUUCUAUGAUAUGGGGCUUUCUGGCAUUUUACCUUACUAUGUAUAUAUGGCUAUCUAUCUGGUGCCCCUUAUGGUCAUACAUACAUUUAUGGGUCAGUUUUCGAGCAGUGGUUUUAUCUCCGCCUUUCGUAUAUCACCAUUCUUCAAAGGUAUGGGCUAUGUCAGCUUAGCUCUGAGUUCAUCUGUGCUGACCUACUAUAGUCUCUUUGCUUCAAUACCAUUUCUUUUCGCUAUAAACUCAUUGAAGCCAACGUUACCUUGGAGCUGUGAAGGUAUAAAGGAUUGGCCCAAUCUUCCGAAUGAUACUGAAACAAUUUGUAAUAUAUCAACAUCGCAAGUGAAUGAAAGCGAUUAUGACAAUGAACUGUUUGAUAUGAAAAUGAUUCAUGUGCCGGCCAUGUUGUUCUUUAAGCAACAAUUUGAAAAAUUGGACAUGUACAUAGACAACGAUGUAGAAUACAACAUGUCAUUCCCCAUUGUUUGGGUCACAAUGCUGGUUUGGGGAUUAGUAUCGUUUAUAUUUUAUCAAUUCAAUGAAGCCCCAAAGUUUGGAAAGUGUCUGCGUUAUAUGGUUUCAAUCACCUUAGGCCUGUUGCUUGUGUGCUUUUUACGCUUCUUGUUUUUGCCCGGGGCCCUCUCUGGCAUCGAGCACUAUGUAAGACCUGAUUUUCAUGACUUCAUUCAAGGUGCCGCCUCCAUACCGGUUUUUGCGCUUCAAGCUUUCGGCGCGGGAUGGGGCAGCAUAAUGUCCCUCUCCAGUUUCAACAAAUUUAAGACGAAUAUAAUGAGCCAUAGUUGGUUUAUAGCAUUUGGACAGCUGUUCAUUUUCAUGCUCUUUGGAUUGGUAUCUUUUAUGCUUCUUCACUAUUUUAAAGAGAUUACGCCCGAAAAUAUCAAUAGAUAUAUGCAAAGUCAUUGGGUGCUAUUUAUUCCAAGUGCCAGUGUUUUAGCUUCAUUGGAAUGGGCUAAUAUGUGGACAUUUAUGUAUUACACCAUGCUUCUAAUGGCUUCCGUGAUAGUUAUAGUCACUCAAAUUUUUACCAUUCUAAACAGUCUGUUUGACGAGUUUGAGCAGCUUCGGCAGUAUAAGCAGGAGGUAACAUAUGGAUUUAUAAUUUCGCUGGCUCUUUGCUCACUUUACUUCUGCUCCAAUCAUGGCGUUCUGUACUUUACUGCUUUGUCCAUGGACUCGCUCCUCGUACAAGCCCUCCUGCACUUACUGCUUCUAUUGGUGGUCCUUUGGAUUUAUGGACGGGAGCGUUUUCAGCGUGACAUUAAGUUUAUGAUUGGCGAAACUUUUGCUUCCUGGAAAAUAAAUGUACUACGCUUUGUAGCUCCACUUUUUCUUCUAUUUACACUGUUAACCUGUGUAAUCGUCGCCUUUAUGGAACACUCCUUCUCCUCGAGUUCAAUCGGAUUUAUUAGCAUUGUUUUGGUGAUAACACCUUUAUUAUACAUACCCAGUUACGGAGUUUACAUUAUGUUUCGGAACACCGGCAGCUUUUGUAUGCGCUUUAAGCGCGCUUGUCGGGCUACUGACUGGUAUCCCUUGGAGAUGGAGGACCGCCAGAGAUAUGAGGAGGCAUUGGGAACUAACGAUUUAACACAUCAGUUGUAUGAAGUCACUGACGACAUGGUGUAUGUAUAGCUUAAAAAAAUUUUAAGUUGGUGUAAAUUAAUAAUAAGGGGGAAUAAAUUGAUUGAAAGUAAUAAGCAUAUGUUGUAAUAAAUAUACAUUGAAGAAUGAGAUUUUAAAAA